CCAGGCUAACUAUGAUGGAAUAUGGCGUCACAGAACGGUGGAUGCGACACGCCUUCCAGAAGUUCGGCCGGUUCCUAGCCCGGCACCCGCACGCCUUCCUCCUCUCUUCGCUCCUUAUCGCAGGAAUCUUGGGGGGAGGGCUCUUCUUCUUAGGAAACGAGGGUUCCAUCGAGAAGCUGUACACACCUGAAGACGGUCUGGGAAAGGUUGAGAGGGAAUAUGUACGGACGCACUUCCCGAUUAACGACUCCGAACACUUCCUCCCCUCCCGGGCGGUCACAGCAGGGCGCUACGGGGCUGUGAUCAUCAGGCCCCGAAGGGAAGUCUCAGACAACGCGAUGGAAAAGGCGGUUCUGGACGCCGCCGUUUCCUUACACACGAACAUAUCAGAGUUAGUAACCGAGGAGCUAGGACUAAGCUAUGCCGAUGUUUGUGCCAAAUGGCAAGCCGACUGCGUUGUCAGUGGGUUGGACUUGCUGGAGUUUACGGCCACAAGUUUUCCUAACGUUACUGUAGGCUACCCGUGGACUUCCUUACCAGGUGGUUUAAGAACUUUUAGCGGAGCGAUUCUUGGCGACGUGACUCUUAAAGAUGGGACAGAGACGGUCAAGAAAGCGGGAGCCAUAAAACUUAUGUACCAUCUUCGCUCUUCUCAAGAAGAAGACGACAGAAGGAGCGAGAUGUGGGAGGAUGCCUUCCUGGACAAAAUGGCGGCGUUUUCCUCUGACGUCAUCGCCGUGACGUGGUCGACGUCACACUCGCUGGAGACGGAGAUUGCCGAGAUGACGACACGAGCCGUGCCGAACUUGGCAGCCUACACGGUGAGCAUGCUGAUGGCAUUCGCGGUGCUAUCGUGUGUGAUGCGGGACCCGGUCCGCAGUAAGCCGUUCCUGGGGAUGGUGGGCGUGCUGGGGGCGGGGAUGGCCGUCAUGGCCACCGUGGGGCUCUUCUCUUACUGCGGCGUCAUGUUCAACAACCUGGUGGCAGCCAUGCCUUUCCUUGUCAUAGGAGUGGGUGUGGACAACAUGUUCAUCCUGCUGGCGGCGUGGCGCCGCACCAGUCCCCGGCGCAGUGUGGAGGAACGGGCGGCGGACACCUUCACGGAGGCCGGUGUCUCCAUCACCAUCACCGCCAUGACUAACGCGCUCGCCUUCGCCGUGGGAGCAAUCACCAGUUUCCCGGGUGUCCGGAUAUUCUGCAUGUACAGCGGUGUGGCCGUGCUGUUCGCCUACCUGUUCCAGAUCAACUUCUUCGGCGCUUGUCUCAUCUACGACGGGAUCCGCGAGCACCAGAACCGGCACUUCCUGACCUGCCUGCCGGUCCCCCUCCCGACCCAGGCCGACCGGUCCGGCUGCUGCCAACGUUUCUGCUGUACGGGGGACGCCGCGGUUGGAACCCAGAAGGACGGCGAAGACCACAACGAUCACCUCCUCAUGCAGUUCUUCAAGAACUACUACGGCCCUUUUAUGACAAAGAAGUGGGUGAAGGUUGCGGUGUUUGCGAUGUUUUUCGGGUACAUCGGGGUGGGUUGUUGGGGAUGCACACAGCUAAGGGAGGGGGUCCCGCUGAGUAAGUUAGCGGGGGACGGGUCGUACGUGGCCCGCUAUCUCGACCAGGACGACCGGUACUUUAGUAGGUAUGACGUCAGGGUCAGUGUCAUGGUAACGGAGAGGUUAGACUAUUGGGACCCGGAUGUAAAGGAUAGGUUGGAAGAUCUCUUGGCUGAUUUUGAAGACACCGAGUUUACGUACGGUAAAAACGAGUCCGAAUCGUGGCUGCGCGUGUAUCUUAAGUUCACGGGGCAAAUUCCUGGCCUCAACUUGACCGAUAAAACGGCUUUCAUGACAGGACUUAAAGAAGUGUUUCUUAAGACACCGGGUUUAGACAGAUACUCGUACGACAUUCACUUUAGCGAAGACGGCAGCGAAAUCCUUGCAAGUCGCUUCUUUGUUCAAACCAAAGAAAUCGACGACACACUCAGAGAGAAACACAUGAUGCUCAAAAUGAGAGGCGUUGCCAAAAACGCGCCAGUAAGAACCAUGGUGUACCACCCAGCAUUCGUGUACUUUGACCAGUACACAGCCAUUCUACCAAACACACUGCAAAACUUGGGUAUAGCCACCGUAGCUAUGCUAUUUGUAUCCCUAAUUCUUAUGCCACACCCUAUACACGCGGUUUGGGUGACACUUGCUAUCGCUUCUAUAUGUUCGGGCGUUGUAGGUUUCAUGACACUUUGGGGGACGAAUCUAGACAACAUUUCUAUGAUAAGUCUCAUCAUGUGCAUCGGGUUUUCCGUAGACUUCUCAGCACACUUUAUCUACUCCUUUGUGUCCGCGGAAGAGAGUUCGCAAAAUGCCAAAGCUGUCCACGCGCUGUACAGUCUAGGAGUACCCAUACUCCAAGGUUCAAUCUCAACCGUUCUUGGCGUAGCUGCUCUAAGCAAUGCACCGUCUUACGGUUUUAGAACGUUCUUUAAGACCGUAUUCUUAGUCGUGGUGUUCGGCCUCCUUCAUGGUAUAGUGUUUCUUCCGGUUAUGCUGUCUUGUCUUGGGACAAAACUUAAGAUUUGUAAGGCAAUAUGUUGCACCCCAGGUGAGAAAAUACACCGCGUCACACCUGCAAAAAGUACGACAGAUCUACCAGAGAUACAUAGAGAAGGAGCUGUUCCACCUUUUAGUCUCACCCCUGUGGAGGGAACUAUAAACCCGGCUUACGAGAUAUCAACGGAGAGGGGGGCGUCGCCAUUCCCUGACAUUCUUACGCCAGACUAGGGUCCAUAGAUAAUAUGAUUCAGGAAAAUAGGAAUAAGGGUUCAUGAUCAGAUUCAUGAACCCUUACUCCUAUUUUCCUGAAUCAUUGCAAACGUCUAACAUCACAGUGAAAGCGCUUCAUGUAAAGAUAACGCACAAAAUUGUUAAAAGCUGAAACCAAAGGAAGUGGUCUGGUGCACACCUCCCCCUAGAAGAUUUUUUACUUGGGUCUGACAAGAAAAGAAAAGGUUAAGGAAGAAGGAUAGAACACCACUAUUUUCAUAAAAGACAAUUUAAGUACUGUAUAUCUUUACUAUAGACUACUAUAUUUGACCAUUGUGAUUGUGAUUGCUGCUAAAUUACUUUGUACAUGUCAACAGUCUUUGUACGCUGCUGUGACUACUCAUCUUGAUCUUGUUGACCUUAUUAUCGUUGAAGGGUAGCAGUUAACAGUAAGCCCCACUCCUCUUUAUGAUCUUCAAAGUUCAACAGAAAGUUAGGAUUAACGUUUGAUUCAAGGGACUGUACGCUAUUUAAACAUACUGAUCGAUGACUGCUGCCGCUUUUGUCUUCACUGGGCUGACUGCAGUGCUGAAUGUUUGUAUUGGUUCUGAAUGAAUGAAUGCAAUCUAAAUCUGGAAUGCCUGUUGCACAGCGCCACACCGCGACCCUGUCGAACGUUGCAUCUAUGGGCCAAUGGAAGCAUUUGAAUACUCAACAUAGUGGUUCUGAAUCACUUCUGACAUAAUGCAACCAACAAAUUUUCCUUUCUUGUAUGACUCCUUCGGUAACAGAUAAACUUUCUUGAAAAACUGUGAGAUAUGCUAAGACAUUUGGGCACAGGGCUGCUUGUUUCCGUGUACGAUUGUAGCCAAAUGCUGUUCAUACGGCACUGACAUGUUGCAAGGUGCCAAUCGAUAUGGGAACUAGAUCUUGUAAACAUUGGUGGGUAGGUUUCAAAUACAAAGCAAUAGAGAUCAUUGAAAUGAACACCGUACACUCUCAUAUGUGAAAAGCAUGAUAUUUUCCUAUGAUAUGUACCCUUUUAUUAUCUUAAAAACAUUUGUGUAUAUACAAGACAGGAAAGAAUUAUUUACCUUACUUCUCAAAGUAUUUAUUGUAAAUACUGUGUUGUUUCUUACAUUGAUGUUUUUUCUGUUCUAUGACAUGUGUUUCUAAGGGUACUUUUCAACAUCUUUGACCGAACAGAAUAACAUUUAGACUAGGCGAUAUUGUCUGAUAUAAAAGUACAUUAUUAGAGCAACACAAAUGCAAUCAUCAAUGGUACCUGAUAUGAGCAAUGUGUAUGAUAACUUCAAAUGGACUGUUUAUAUUUUCAUUGAUAUUCCAGAAACGCACAAAAAUCAGCCAAUGAAGACAGGCACAGACAUUAUGGCAACGGUAUCAUUACCUUAUCUAUAUGGAUGAAUACGUAGUCAGUGUGGCGACUGUAGUCCGAAAUCUUUCUGUCGUUUGUGCUUUAUUCAAGUUCUGUUGUACAGAGUUUUUCAUUUGUUUUCAAUGUGACUGUCGGCCUUGGUGACAAAAUAUGAAAAUUGUUUUUGUCUUUGCUGCGACAAUA